UGAUUUAGGAUAGGCAGAUGGACAUUUAGAUCUCUGACGCUAAAAUACAACAUAGAUUUUUGGGAAACCCCGAAAUCGUGUUUGUUCAUUAUGCCAUUUAUUAAUGUUUUAUUGAAACAUAUGAAAUCAAUAUAAUCUUUAUUUACUGAGGAUAAUUAAUAUUUGAUCAUCCAAAGAAUUGUUAGUUUAUCUCAGAUCUGCAGGGUUUUGUUUUCUGAACAGUUGGUCUGACCAGUAUUAAGCAUGCAAGCACCUGCUUUGUGUACCUGUAUCAGCUGAUUGACUCAUCCAUGCUGAGGUCAAUAAUAGAUGAUAAUGAAGCAAUGUCAGUAUUUUUUAUUUUGUGUUGUUUUAUUGGACAUUACUCACCAGCGGGAGAAACGAUCCAUUUAAAGUUGAUUCAGAUGUAAAUCAAUAUCAAUCUCCAAGAAAUUCCAUAUCUUCUUUGAUUUUACUUUGGAAAGGAUGCUUCUAACACAAUAUGGAAUCUAAUGUUGCUUUCGAGAUUUUUUUUAAAGGAGAUUAAAAAUGCUUAUGGACAAAAGAUAUUAUUUAUUGACUGAAUAACACCUUUUAUCAUGUUUAUUCUUUUGAAAGUACAAAAUAGUGUGUAUUGUGAUGGAAAAGUGUAUUGGAAUUCUUGAAAUAUCAAAGAUCAUGUUAACAAAUAUUGAUAUCACUGAAUGAAAACAUGAGGAUAUGAGCAGAUUGGAAAGAAAAUUUGAAAACAAUUGGGGAACUAGUUAAUUGUUUUAUGGCCUAUGUGGAGAUGUUAGAACAACUUUGGGUUAUACUUUUGUGUAAGACUGACAGAUCACCAACAAUUAGUAAAUCUACCAGGUAUAACAGAAAUGUAAGAGUUGAUGAAGAUGAUGAACCAUACAGAAAGAGUAGUACAGCAACCAUUAGAUCUGAAGGAACGGGAACAGUUUACUACAACAAGCAUGGUGGUAUCUUACAGUUGUAUGACAGUUCAGACAACAGUAGUCUGGAUUCACAUAGAUCAUCAAUGAUGAAAGUCAGGAGACUUUCUAGCACAUUUGAUGUAACUUCCAGAUUUCCUAAGCUUCAAGAAUGUGCACAUUUCCAUUAUGAUUUUGUUGAGCUUGGCAAAAUUAAGGUGUGUUUAUGUGAUGAGGAACAGGAGAACUAUCGACACAAUGGUGAAGAUUAUAUGGAGAGAACCUUUCUUAUCAAAGUAUACUCUAACCAGACGUCUUGGAAUGUCCGUCGUACCUAUAAAAACUUUCGUCUGCUGGACAGACAGUUACAUAAAUGUAUAUUUGAUAGGAAGUUUAGUCAGCUUGUUGACCUCAGUCAGCAGGAGGAAGGAUCGAGAACAUAUGAGGAGAUGGAGACAGAACUGAGUAGCUACUUACAGAGAUUUUCUAACAUUGCCAAUAGUAUGUUAAAUUGUGGUACCAUUCUGAACUGGUUUGAGUUGGAUAACCGUGGUAACAGACUUCUUGCCAUAGAUGACUCUGGAAUAAAUACUCCAGCAAUAGCUGCAGCACAUUCUGUAAAGAGAUAUACUGCACAGGCUGUGGAUGAAAUCUCUCUAGAGGUUGGAGAUAUAGUAUCUGUGAUAGACAUGCCUGCUACUGAGGAUACAAUAUGGUGGAGAGGAAAAAGGGGAUUUGAGGUUGGAUUUUUUCCGAGUGAAUGUGUUGAGUUGAUAGGAGACAAAGUUCCAUCAUCAGUAGAGAACAGAAUCCCACUCAAUAGUAGGCGACCCUUGGUCAGAAAACAUGGAAAGUUCUUAUCCUUCCUUCGAAUGUUUUUCACUACCAGGCCAGCCAGGAAUCAGUUGAAACAGACAGGGAUUGUCAAGGAACGGGUGUUUGGUUGUGAUCUUGGAGAACAUUUACUGAACUCUGGACAUGAUGUGCCUUUAGUAUUGAAAAGUUGUUCAGAAGUUAUAGAAGAGCAUGGCAUUGUAGAUGGUAUAUACAGACUCUCUGGUAUCACAUCUAAUAUCCAGAAACUAAGACUAGCAUUUGAUGAAGAUAGAGUUCCAGAUUUAAGGGCAGACAUUUAUUUACAAGAUAUCCACAGUAUUAGUUCACUACUUAAGAUGUAUUUUCGAGAAUUACCAAAUCCUUUGUUAACCUACCAGCUUUAUGAUAAAUUUGCAGAAGCAGUUCGAGAUGAAGAUAAUAAGUUAUGGAAGAUCCAUGAUGUUGUACAACAGUUACCUCCCCCUCAUUACAGAACUUUGGAAUAUUUAAUGAGACAUUUAGCAAAAGUUUCCACAAAUGGUAGUGAUACUGGCAUGCAUUCCAAAAAUUUAGCCAUAGUAUGGGCACCCAAUCUUCUCAGGUCUAAAGAACUGGAAUCCGGUGGAGGAGCAGCAGCUUUACAAGGUGUGGGGAUCCAGGCUGUGGUUACAGAAUGUCUCAUUGUUUAUGCUGAUCUCAUAUUUAGUGAUAAAUUACCAUCUUAUAGUUCUCCAGAGUUUACACAGUCUCGAAAAAAACCUAGACCAAAGUCAUUAGCCAUUUCUACACCAACAAAACUUAUUACAUUAGAGGAAGCCAGGGAGAGAGCUCUCUCUGCAAGUCUCCGUCCAGCACCACACAAGUAUAUAAAUGUAGGCGGUGGUCCGGACAAACUUCCUUCAAAAUAUCACACCGUAAUAGACCUUCCUGGAUACAAGAAAAGAAUGCCUCUAAGAGACAAUACUACUUCAAACUUGAAGGGUAAAAAGUCCCCAGGGAGUUGGCGGUCCAUUUUUACACGAUCAUCAGGGAGAGGAAGCAUAAAACUAAAAGGAGGUAAAGAAGAUGUAUUAAUGGACCUGGAAAGGAAAGCCAUCACCGAGGAAGAUGUCCAUAACUGGAAGAGAAGACGAUUACGUGUGGCUAAAAGUGCUGAAUCUCUGAUUAAUCUACCAAACAGAGAACAUAGACUCUCACGUCACUUUGAUGACUUUCCUAGAAUUAAUUCUUGUUCAGAUGAAGAAAUGUCUCCUAGAACUAAACACAAAAGAUCUGCUUCUACAGAGUCCCCUAGAUGUUUAAUGAAUGAUGAAUAUCCUAGUUUUAUAGAACCUGGGUCACGAGAAGUCCCUAUUGAUGUAGAAAUGGUUGAUGACUCUGGUUCAUCAAUUGAUAGUGGUAUGGAGGCUAGGAAAGAGAGGAAAACAGAAAGGAAGCAAUCAUUUGUACGAGGAGAGGAAAAAAGAAAACCAACUCACCGCAGAACCCCAUCAGGAUCAUCUACACCAAGAAAAGAAAAAGAUCUACCACCACCCAAGGAAAAAAAGGUGGUUACAAAACCUAUUGCUCAAAGUGAAAAACUACGUAGAAAAAAUGAAAUUAAUUUUGAAAAAGAAAAUCGUGAGAAAUUAGUGCAAAAAGUGGCCAAAAGUUUGAAAAAUGAAGAAACAAAAGUGAUUGGAUCACGUAGUCGACUUGAAUCAAUAGGGGAUAAGGAUAAAGAAAAGUUUGUCCUUCAUGUUGAUGAUGCAACUGUUUUUAAUUCAACUAGUCCAAAACAUUCAGACAACAAACAACGAAGUUCUGAGGAAAGGAAACUUCCGUUAUCUCCUAGUGCUGAAAAACUUAAGGAAACAUCUAAAGAUAAACAUUCAACAAAAAGUAAAAAAACUGUUCAGUCUAUAGGAAAUCUUCCAGAGAGUCCUGGAGCCAAACGUAAACAUUGGAUGAACACUUCACCUGCCACAUCCCCUGAUGAGGCACCAUCAGGGUUUUAUUCACCACACAAAUCAGAUAUUUCUGAACUGCUUUCAGAUGAUGAAAAAUCAAAACUUGCUAAAGAGUCACUGCCAAAGUUUCCUAAUCUUCAGGACAAUUUAAAUGACACAGGUCAUUCAAGGUCAGAUGUUUCGCCAGGUGGUUAUGAUAAUCUAGAUUCACCAUUUUCUUCAUCUGAUUUUCAACAUUUUGAGUCACGGACGACAUCUACAUCCAAAUCUGUAGUUUAUAAAACGCAUUCUUAUGAGGAGGAGGAGUAUGACAACUUACAUCCACAGCCAAAUUCUGUUUCCCCGCCAUUCUCAUCUAAAAUGUCAAAAUGUCUCAGUGUGCCGUCUGACAUUCAAAAAUCUCUGGAAAACUUGACAUCAGGAAGUCAGACUGAUUUAUUGUCGUCAGUGACGAUUAGUGAACUGUCGACAUCUGUGGAAAGCUUCAGUGUAAGUCAAAGUGAUGAUGCAGCUAAAGUACAAAAGAAAGGUCGUAGAAGUGCUUCGUUAGACAGUUUAAAUGAUACUGAAUCACCUUUAACACGAACAUUAAAAGAAAUAAAUGCUCAGAUUGACAAAGCCUUUAAAAAUGAAUCUGACAAAGGAAAAGCGAAAAAAGAAAAUGUAGAACAAGGAUCAAUGAAUGACACAUUUGAUUUCUCUUCAAGUUCUGUUGAUACAAUUAAACGUCAGUCUAGCAGUAGUGAUAAUCUUGAAUCUCAUGCCUAUACCGAUAGACCUGGAGCAGAAAUCCAGGUUGUUGAAACACCACAGUUAGUCAGAAAGGCUGUAAGACCAACACAUAUUGCACAAACAAAACUGGAAACUAAUAUUGAUGGUGAUUUAUUAAUUGAACAUACUAAGGAAUCAUCGAUUGAUAUCCAUCAAACAAAUAUAAGGACAGAAACUUCAGAAAAGGUCCACUUUGGCCUGUCUGAUGAAGAUAUGAUUAAUUUUGAAAGUUACAAAGCCGAAACUGGACAUAAAAUAGAUAUGUCUGAAGAGGAUUUUGAAUUUUUCACCAAACAGGCAAGAUCUAACCAAUCUUCAAAACGUCACUCAACUGCCUCUAGUUUAGCUAGUCCAAUGUCAGAUAUCAGUCCAAGUGAAUAUCGUCGCAAGAUUGUUAGUCCAUUGAGUGAAAGGACAUCACGAUGGAAAAAUGCUGAUAGGUCCGAUGGUGAACAUACAACACCUACUAACAGUCCUCCUAUAGCUCAGAGACUUAUGAAUGUCCGUACUCCAUCUCAAGAAAAUGUUCAAUAUAGUCCCCACAGUCCAUCAGCAAUUCAAAGACUUAAUAAGGAGGAAGUUUCUCAUGGUAGUCCAUCCAUUUCUCAUCGACCAAGCAAAGUACGAACACCAUCACAAGAAGAACUUUAUCAUGGAAGUCCCAUUACAAACCGACCAAAUAAAAUACGCACCCCAUCCCAAGAGGACUUAUCUUAUGCAAGUCCAAUAGCACACAGACCAAAUAAAAUCAGAACCACGCAAGACCCUACCAGUCCUCAAUCAAGGAGAUUUGUUCAAAAUCCUAUUUACACAGGACCUGCAAACACAUCACCAAACCUGCCAAAGAGUCCACCAGCUAAGCUUUUAAUAAAAGAUCAUUUAGCUGAUCCCCAACGACUAGAAACUGCAAUUGAUGAGACAUUAUUUCAGAAUGGGCAAUCAGAAGGGAAAGAAUCAGCUGAAAGACAUUUUGAAAAGUUAUUAUUUCAAACCAGUCAGAUGGUCGAUGGUGAAAAUGCUGUAGUUCAAAGUCCAAGGUCACCUAGACAACAACCAAGGUGGGAAGAUUUAGCUGGAUUGAAUCAAGAUUUUGUGUCUGUUACAAAAAAAGAUGGUCAGUCUCCGAAAUCUCAAAAAAUAGCAAGAAUUCCUCCUCAUGCAGCUCAUCAACAAAGUAUUGAAAGUCCUGAUGAUGUGCCAUUUGAUAAAAAAUUACAUGAUUUGUCUAAUUUUAGUGAACAAUGGAGAACUCAGUUAGCUCCUACAGGAGAUGUGUGUCGGUUAGGUAGCCAUGGAGAGAAAUUAAAUGAAAUACAAAAUUUAGAAACUAAAAUUGAAAUGGAGAGACCUUCUAUUCAAAAAUUGACAGAAAGAAUAAAUAAAAAUUAUGGAUUUGAAGGUGAAAGAACACUCAGAAGGUCGUCAACCAUAGCCGCAAUGGAACGUCUUGAGGAAUUUGAACCAAGAGUUCGUCAACGGACUCCUGAAUGUAGUACUGAUCAACAGACUUUGACAUUAGAGAAGCCAAUGAUAAAACGUUGUCAGACGGAAUCAAAUAUACCCCAGAUUAAACACUCCACUAUUGUCACUCAAGACACAUCCAGCAAUACAUCUUCAAGUGCUAAUUCUGAACCAAGUAACAUUGAAUAUGAACCCACUGACUUUGGUAAAGUGCUACGAACUAAGUUUGACAAAUCAAAAAGUGCUAUAGACAACAAAAAUGUUGCACCAGUAACUCUUCCACCUUCUUACCCUGUAAUGGCAAGUAGCCAGACUUGUCAUAAAGGAAGUAAAAUGGAUGCUCCAAUGGAGACGGCUAUUGAUGGACCGUACUUGAAUGACCAGCAGAUCAUGGCAGAAGUCAUGCCCUUUAAUUCUGUGAUAGAUGACAUUGACUUUAAUGAAAGUUGUUUUGGAAUUCCAACACAUCAAAAUUUGUCCAAUGAGAUGAGAGAAAAAAUUCAGGAAAGAUUAAAAGCAGAGCGUGAACAAAAUAGUGGAAACAUUCCAGAAAAUUUUGAUAAAAUGCAAGAUCCUUACAGCAACACAAGGAGUCCUCCACAAAAUGUCCACUUAAUGGAAAUAGAAACUCAUUUCUCUGAUGAUCCUUAUCAGUAUCCAGUGGCAACAGUACAUUUUCUGUCACAAGGUCCAAUCAUUCAUGCUUCACCUCAGGUCAUUCAAAAACUGGAUAAUUCUGAGGAAGCUGCUCAGAACGCUAUAAAUGCAGAUUUAGAAUUAAGCAUGUCUCUCAAGAAAAAUCCAGACAAUUUACCAAACCAAUGUCCUGGAAUUUUGGAAGCAGAAGUGGUGGGCGUGUCUCAUCAGUUAGUCUCACCUCAACAGGAUGUCAUCCGAAAUACAGGGUUAGAAAACAUGAAACUAGUGUCUCCAUCUAGUGGACAAAUGGAAAUGAAAAAGGAGAAAUCUGACUUACCAGAACUUGCUCCUCCUAGUCCAGAAUAUAUCGAGGAAUACAGAGAUGUAGUCGUUAAACGUAAAGUGCCACUUCAAACAAAAACAAAUAAUCCACCUACAGCAAUUCCUAAAUCAUUCUCAAAACCCCCAUUACACAAAGCCUAUAGUGUUGACUAUUAUAAAACUGAGUGUGUGGUGAUGGACUCAUGUGAUGAGGACACAAGUGAUGAUGUUUUCAUAGAUCACAAUAAAAUUAAAAGUAAAUCGGAUAUUACAGUUACAGUGCAGCAUAAUGUUAAACAUCAAGAUCCACGUGAGUUACAGAAUAUGCCAUUGACAUUCUUAUCAGAGACUCCCAGUCGAUCAUCAUUGGAUGAAUCUGCAUUAGAGAUGGCAUCAUCACGUCACGAGGAUUUUCUUCCAGAAGAGGAAGAUGAUCAGUUUAAUCAAUCACAUCAAUCCACAAAACUUCACAGUUUAAAAGAAAAAUUUGAAAAUGACAAUAGUUCUGAGGGUACAAAUUCAAAUGUGUGUUUCAGACAUGAAAAUUAUAACAGUGAAAGAAUAAAACAGGCAAAAUUUGGAUUUACGAGUCAGAGGUCAUACUCACAGACAGAGCAAUACUCCAGUGAUCUUUCUGAUUCUGGUAGUAAUUCAUUUUCUAGCCGAGUUUCUGGACAAUUGUGGCAAACGCCAGGAAGUAGAAGAAGUAUUUCUACCGAUUUAGGAUAUGAAUUUCGUCCGAAGAAAAUAGAAAAAGUAACAAUAGGAAUAACAAACUUUGGUAAGCCACCUAAACAUCGUGGGAGCUCCCGUGGAAGGGCUUCAAGUGAGUCAGCAAUGUCAGAGGCUGAAAUGACAAUAAGAUUUAGUAGUGCUAGAACUUCUCCCAAAACGGUUGUGGAUGGUUCACCUAAAUCAUUAAGAAAUUCCCCUAAAGUAUUACGACCUGAUGAAUUUUCCAGAGGAAAUAGAUCUCCACAGAGCCAAAGAAAUGUUGAUCUGUCUCUGAGAUUUGUAAGACAGAAGUCGGAGGCAGGAUCUCCUAAAAGUGUUAGACAUGUUAGCUUUAGUGAAAAUAGUGAAACGACACAUGUUACCGUAACUUCCCCGACAAACACUCAGACUGAAACUGUUAUCACUAGUGAAACACAAAAUAGAUUGAGUCAGUCUAUAACGUUACCUAUAAAUGGCUCAGAAAAUGUAAGUUUACGGGAAAAUACAAGUUCACGGAAAGUCGAAAGAAGAGGAAGUAUUAAAGAAUUGAUGCAAUUUUUUGAAGAAAAAACUGGUAAACGAGAAGAAAAUAUGCAAGAAGAGCUUCUAGCAACUUCUCAAUUAAGACAUUGUCCCAGAGUGAGAAGUGAAUCCCCAAAUUAUUGUCAAACAGAAUCUCGUAGAAAUGAAACAUUUAGACAUAGUUUAGAGAUUCCUUCAUCUAGUUCACAUUUAGAAGGUCUGGUUAGACCACAUCCAGUUAGACUUGGUCCAAAACCAUUCUAUGGUGCUAAGCAAUGAUGUUUAUUUUUCAUUAGCUCUCAUUAUUUUCUGUAUAUGAUUGUCACUUUGUUAUCAUAGCAACUGACAUCUAGUCAACAGUCAUCAUUUUAUAAAAUUUUCUUUUUUAAGACUUAUUCAUUUUCUUUUUCAUUAUUAAACUCUUCUACAGGAAUGGCAUUUAUUUUUACAGCUGAUUAUUAUUCCUGCCAAAAAUAUUUUUUUCUUUUUUACUGUUAUUUUUACAUACUAUUUGAUAUAAUAACUCCCAUGAAAUUAAUAAUAUAAUUGUAAUUCAGGUUUUGUAAAAAGAAAUAUUGAAUAUGAAAAAUGAAGAUCUUGAAAAGAUAUUUGAUAAUGACAAUUUGAAAUAAAUUUUAUAAUUUUUUUUACAAUUACUUAAAAAUAGAAAUGAUUUUAUAUAUUAUUCCAAAGAUUAACAAACAAUAUAUGUUAUAACAACCUCCAAGUUUUUUUUUAAAUCAGCCAAUUGCAUUAGUUCUAGAUAUUAAUCCAUAGACAAGUUGUUAUGGUGUUAGAAUGAAGUUAAUUCAAUCAGUUAUAGCUAUCACAAACGUUAGUGCUUUAAGGCAUCAUUUAUUUUUUAUACAUACACAAUUGUUACUGUUAUUUUAUAUACGUGUGUGUGUGUGUGUUAAUAUUUCUAGUCAAUUACCAGCUUGUUAUGUUAGUUUUCAUGUUGAUGUGCCAUUAAUUUGUCAUAACUAACUAAUUAAUAACAUUGAACAUAAUGUAUAUAUAUUGUCAAGGUACAUGUAUAUUAUAAAAUAUUUAUUUCCAUAUAAACAGGGUAUAUUAAUACCUGUAUUUUUCUGUGUCCUCCCACCUUUGUUAACUUGUAAACAAUCUCUUCAAGCCAGUAGUAUUUUAAACUAAUCUGUUAAAUAAUGUCUUUAUUAAAUCUUUAAUUUAAAAAAAUCUUGUAUAGAUCAUGAUAAUUUCAUCCCCAAAAGAAGUAUAUUCUUUCCCUAUUGCCCCAAAAAAUAUGUUACUUUAUGAUUUUCAUAACUUUUUUAUAACUAGCCAGUCUAAAUAAAAGUUCAUUUGAUUUUUCUAUUAUCCAAUAGCAUUUGAUUUACAAAAAGGAAAAUAAGCUUUACUCUGAAGAAAAUAAUGAAUGCAUAUCAGUAUCAAGAUAAGAAAAUAUUGUGUGUGUGCACAGUUUCAUCAGGAAAUACGGAAACCAAAAAAUCAAUAACCCG